AUGAACCUGGGCGGUCCUUCCAAGGAAUCAGAGGUUAACGACUUCCUAUUGCGCUUAUUCUCAGACGGAGACCUGAUCCCGCUGCCUUUCCAAAAGUACAUGGCCCAGUUCAUUGCCAAGCGCAGGACGCCAAAGAUCAUUGACCAGUACAACAAAAUUGGUGGCGGAUCGCCUAUCCGCAAGUGGACUACUGAGCAAGGCACUGCCAUGGAGAAGCUUUUGGACAAGAUCUCUCCGGAGACGGCUCCUCAUAAACAUUAUAUUGCCUUUAGAUAUGCCAGUCCGCUGACACCUGAGGCUCUGCAAGAAAUGAAGGCCGAUGGCGUCGAGCGUGCGGUUGCCUUUACGCAAUAUCCUCAGUACUCUUGCUCAACUACUGGAAGCAGUAUGAAUGAGCUUUACCGUCAGCUCCAGGAAUUUGACCCUGAACGCAAGAUGAAGUGGUCCGUCAUCGACCGUUGGCACUCACAUCCCGGUCUUGUUCAGGCAUUCGCGAACAAGAUCGAGGCAGGAUUGCAAAAGUACUCAGCAGAGUCGCGCGACAAGGUCGUCAUCCUCUUCUCAGCACACUCACUGCCAAUGGAUAUCGUCAACAGAGGUGACACCUAUCCUUCAGAGGUUGCAGCCACCGUCCACGCUGUCAUGGAUAAGUUGAAGUUCUGCAACCCCUACAGGUUGGUCUGGCAAUCCCAAGUAGGACCCAAACCAUGGCUGGGACCACAGACCAAUAAGGCCAUCAUGGGCUUGGGUGAGAAGGGGCAUAAUGACCAGCUUCUGGUUCCCAUCGCCUUCACAAGCGAUCAUAUCGAAACCCUUUUUGAGCUGGAUCUGGAAUACGGCGAGGAGGCACAUGAGGCUGGAAUCACUGGACUGAAGAGAGCAGAGUCACUGAACGCGGAUCCGGUAUUUAUUCAGGCCAUGGCGGAUAUUGUCAAGGAGCACCUGAAGGAAACAUCCGACAAGAUUUCGAUCUCAAAGCAGUACUCACUCCGAUGCCCCACCUGCACCAACGAGACCUGUAGGCACUCAAGAGAAUACUUCAGCGAUCAAUAG